ACUGUGAUUGGUUCUUCUUGUGCGAAUAAUGUUUUUUGCGUGCGGUUCGAAGGGUGUAAAAAGCGCUUUUUGAUAAAUUAAUGUGCUCCUGUUCACAGUUAAAGCGUUGUUCCGGCGGAUGGUGAUAUUUGUGAGUUGAAAAUAGUGAAAUUCCUGGUAUUUGAAUGUUUUUUCAAUGUUUGAAGGCGAAAUACAUAUUGGUGAAGAACAAGAAGAAGCUUCGCUCGGCUACUAAGAUGCAUCGAAAUAGUGAAAAUGAAACCUGAUCAAAAAAGCUGGAAAAAGAGAAAAUAUUCGUCUGUGGUGUAUCUUAAAUUAUAAUGAUAAGAGAAAAAGUAACUCGAGGCGAAUUGAAUUACGAUUGAGAAAAGCAAAAGCGAAAAAAUGCUGUAAUAGGUGAGAGUGAAAAGAAAUUGCGCCAUAGUUAUCUUUUAAUUAUGUGGUAGAUAUUUUGGUGAUUUGAUUGGAGAAAUAUAACAAGUACCCUGCAGGCCGCCGCAAAAUACCGCCCACAUUCGGUGCAAGAAAUGUUAAUCAUCAAUGCAAAAUGUUGUAAUGUGUAGUGCACGCCCAUAAAACUUCAUUCGUGAGCUGAAUUUGUUUCAACUGAAAAGUGGAAUCCACUGGGAUUAACUGGGCAACCCGGCCAAAGCCGCGAUUUGCAGCGAAAAUACAAUACAAGAGCAGUGUAUGCUCGUUGCCAUAGUGCUCGGGUAUUGUCGUUCGCUGACUACCGUGUAAUUGUUCUGUGCUAAUAUUCGAAUAUUCGAAGCAGGCAAGACAUAAAUAUACCAACAAGCAGUUUUUUCUUUAUCAGUAAAACCAGGGAAAAGUCUGCGCUACCGGCCUGCAAAAUGACCGACAAAGUGACCAAAUUUGAAAAGAUGGCAAUGACUAAGCCAGUCCCGAUGAAACUAUUUGCUGCUUGGGAAGUGGAUCGCACACCGUCAAACUGCAUUCCAAGAUUAUGCUCUCUGACGAUAACACGCCUCUCGUUGCUCACACCACUGCCGCCCGAUCUCAGCUCGCUAUCGUUGGCGGUUAAAAUGCAAAGCUCCAAACGUACGCUGCGUUCGCACGAAAUCCCAGUCCCACAGUCGCUGAGCACCGGCUACGGAAGUACCCUGGGUGGAGGCAGCCUCGGGGCUGCCGGCACCGGGGUGACAGGCCAAAGCGGCCAGCUCAACUCUCCGCCAUUGCUCGAAACCGAGCUUGAUCUCCAUUUUAGCCUGCAGUAUCCUCACUUUAUAAAGCGUGAUGGCAACAGGCUGCUUAUUCUGUUGCAGCGUCGCAAGAAAUAUAAAACUCGUACUAUCUUAGGUUAUAAGACACUGGCCGAAGGCGUGAUCCGGAUGGAUGCCGUACUGCAAAAGUCUAUGGACAUGACGGUGGAACUUAACGGAUCUGGUAAAGCCGGCCGACAGGGGCUAACGAUAGCUACUCUACGUGCCACACAGGUCUCUUCCAUUCCAGUGGAUCAGGACAAUAAAAAUAAUAAUAGUUUGCUGGUCACAGACCGCGUCAAUGAGUACUCCGACGAGGACGAAGAACAGGAAUUUAGCUCCGGCGACGAUAACGACGAGGGGUUGUCGGGAUAUGCUGCAAAACGGAAUUAUGCUGGCAAGCGAGAUCCGUAUAAAAAAUUUGAUAGAGGUGACAAUGAUGGUGAAGGAGAUGAUGGAAAUCUACUUCCGUCAAAUCAGGUUGAUUCUGACAGUGACUUCGAUAAUUUGGGAAAAGAAAAAGGAUCUCGAGCUAAGAUGAGCCGGCAACGAAACUUCAAACAACGUAUAAUUUCACUGCUGAAGCGGUUCAAGGUUCCUGAUGAACUCGAAGGGGACGCCCAGGAACGUGGGCCUUCUUUGCGAGGUAAGCGUGACCUGGAUGCACUCUUCCAGGAACUGGAGUCACUGUCUUGUGGUGAAGGUGACGAUUCCGGACAGGAUAUGGACAGCUUGUCGAUCGGUUCUACGCCAAAACCAUCGCUGCGGCCAUUUUUCGAAAGCGCUAAACCCUCGUUGCAGCACCAGCAGUCGGCCGUUCAGCUGAGUUCGCUCCAGAAGAGCACGAAAGAUUUUAUGCCAGAAAAGAAAACGAUUUUAGAGAAGCGGGACUCACUUGCCGAAAAGAAAAGCAAUUCCGCAUCAAUUGCCAAUAAUCUUAAUAAUAGUGUGAUCAACAACAAUAUCAGUAAUAACAAUCAUACUAGCAAUUACAAUAACAGUAUGAAUAACAGCCAAGACCGGUCAGGCGAUUGGAAAAACGAUAGCUCCGGCAAUGAGGGCGGUGCCGGUAACACGGAUCCGGAAGCACUGUCUUCGGAUCCACAGAACACCGGAAGUCCACCGAAGGAAAAAGAAACGGCAGCAGUGGAGAAGAAAACUCGUCUCUUCCGAACUAGCAGCAGCACUCCGAACAGUGCUAAAAAGCAGAAGCAAUCUCUCAGUUUUUCCACUGGCGAACAGCCGAAGGCGUCUCCACUGGAAACCUGUUUGUCGCCAACGAAUGUUGAACCACGGAAAUCAUUAUUGGAGCAACUCUCGCGUACGUUCACAACCGAAGAAUCACAACUGCCAGAUGUGGUUACUAUCGUCGGACCGCCGGAAGCUACCAGCAGUCCCUUUUGCACUCCACGGCUAGUGUCACUCAUAUCAUCCACUUUUCGGCCAACCUUCUCUCCAAAUAAUACAGCUGAGGUUAAAGCUAUUACUCAGGCUUUGAUGAACAAAAUUCAAAAAUAUUGUAAUUCAACAGCUAAACCGCCAACAACAGUCAAAGUGCUACUGGUCGGAGGCGAUUGGUUACAAGGAGCUAUUCUGCGCCAUUAUGUGGAAUUGUUGGGUAUUCGUCCUCCGGAUUGGGUCAAUCAUAUCAGAUUUUAUAUUGUUCCCCUAGGGCUGUGUGGUGUUGCCAGGUACCUUAGCCUGAUAGAUCCUAGCUACUCAAGUAUGUUUGGAACGGAAAACUGGCAGCAAAAUUGUGAACGAGCGGCCAAUCUUGAAAGUGCACAAUCGAAGAAUGAAUCAGCGGAGAUUAUUAGUCGAAUACAACGAUAUCUUCAUUCGGCUGGACCUUGCACGCAAGUUCCUAUCGCUGAAGCCAUGGUCAACUAUCGAGACGAGGACUCGUGCCAGAUAUUCGUACCGUUCAUAAGCGAUGUAAAGAUUGGUUGUCUUGAGGGACCGCAACUUUCGUUAGAUUUGGAUGAAUCUAUGACUCUCGGAUCUCAACAAAGCUCCGAUCGAACAUUAUCCAGUUCUCCACCACAAAGUGGACGAGCUUCACCGCCAGCUCCGCUGACACCGAUUGCACUCACAGCUCAACCAUCCUCCAGUGCUACCCAGGAAUCGUUGGAGCUGCAAGUAGAUUAUUGGCCAUUGGCGCGCCCCAUUUUGGAUUUAAAAGAUAAAUCAUUGAGUAAGGGUCAGGACCCUACCGGAAAGAGCAGUAUUAAAAGUACCUUCAGACACUUACAAGUUUGGAGAUUACCGUUGGCAUCCAAUAACGGCGAAUAUACCAAUGGCCUAACUUUGAGCUACGCCACUAAAGAGAAAAAGCAAAAGAGCGUCAUGCGAUUAGGUAAAAAGAAAGAGAAGGACCGUGAUGCUGAAAAGGAACAAUGCGUUGAAGGCGUCGCUCGAUUGAUCUGCUCCCCGAAACAGUCGCAUCCAGUUCCUAUGCGAGUAUACAUUGAUGGUACCGAGUGGACCGGGGUAAAGUUCUUCCAGCUCUCGUCCCAGUGGCAGACACAUAUCAAAAAUUUUCCAAUCGCUUUGGUCGGAGCGCCGCUAGCUUCAGCUGAAAUGUUAACCUAGUCAGUUUCUUCAUCCGUUGCAGUAGUGGCGGUUGGUAAAUCCGGCAAAACUCGCUGCUCCUCUACAUCAUUUGCCGUUGCUGGACGUGCACAAACCAACGAUGGCAACAGCAGUGCUGGAGCUAAGGCAGCUGCUACUGCGCGGACGACAAUCAGCGGUUCCUCUCGAAUUUUACGGCCCCGUAGUUGGGCUGCAGCAAGCCGCUCUCGCUGCGAUUAGGAAUGAUCUACUGGUAGGAUGUACGACUGUUCUCGGACACAAUAGAUGUUUUGUGUACAUUUACGUACUAAUAUAAGGCUCUUUAGCGGUAAUCAUUAGAGGUCAAUUAUUUUUGGUUUCGCUCAAAAUCAUGCAAUUAGUUAUUACUUUCGGAUGUUGCUGAAUUCCCAAAAUGUUCUUGGCACUGAGUGAGUGUGGUUAGCGGUAUCGAUCGGCUAGCUCUUGCGUGUAGGAAUUUUUCUCAAUUAGCGGUAUGGUGUAUUGUUGUGCUUUUUCUAAAACACACAAAAUGUGCCAUAAAACGAUGCCGAAAUACUCUCUCCUAGGUACUGAAUAAUUGAUCAAGACCCAGCAGACUUCCUAUUUCAUCGGAUAUUCCGCUAUGAGCAAGCGAUUACUGUUUAUGCCUUAGUUUGUACCUACGAAGAAGUGAGGUACACCAAAGGUGUUAGCACUCGUAAACCUGAUUUUCAUUUUCAUCAAAAUUGAAAUGAAUUAGUUCUCAUCAGUUACCUAUUGGUCAAUAAAACUAAAUUACGCCCUUUUUGUGGAUUGCACGUUUAUCGAAUUCUUAGUCCCUAGAGAAAUAUAUGACCCAUUGCUUACAAUUUGCUAAUGCAUCCACACCAGGAAUCAGCACAUUUGGACAUUGUCAUUUUGGAUUGUGAUAUUAAUUAACCCUGACAUGAACAAAAAUGAAUCGUUGUAAAUCACGGCCUCGUCUGCUAAAUUUUUUAUUUUGUGGAAGCUAGUCUCUCAUUAAUAAGCAAAAUGUUACGAAAGGAAGAUUGAAUUAAAUGAAAAUAAACGGAAAUUAAUAUGACUGAUAGUGUUUUGAGCACGCACUGGAUGGUUAGUUAAACCAAUUCAUAACAAUAACAUAUUACUGCAAAGUAAUUUAUAUAAUCAUUGUAGAAUCGCCAGGGUAUUAAAUAUUCAUGUUACUGAAAAUGAUCGUUGUUUGCGAAUAAAAACUGUCGUAACCUGUUUCCAUUUUGGAAAAUUUAUAUAAUCCUUACCUUUCCAGUGCUCUGAAUUAAUGUUUGAUAUAGAGCAUAUCGCUAGGAAUAAUUUCCCGCGGAAUACUUAUCCGGUUGUUCAAUAUAUAACAUCACAACAUUAGUCGCAUAAUAAUCAAUACUGGUAUCAAACGAAAGCAAUGAGUGAGCUGCUUUUCUCCUUGCUGUUAAACGUAACUAUUUCACAUCUCUUACUUAAAAAGAUAUCCUCUACCAUUCAAUACAUGUAGGCAAAAUUUGUAUGCUCAUUCUCGUAGGAAAAAUAUUAGUGAAACAUAUUUCAAAACGCCAUAAAUGAGUAGUUUUUAAGAACCAUCAAAAGCAUACACCCACGUAGUAAACGAAAACAUAUUCAGCUGUAUGUUUAAGUAGGAUAACUUUAAGCAGUGAAAGUCGUCAAACAGCAAUGCAUAAAAUAUGAAA